CCGGGGGCGGGGAAGCUGCUCCGCGCCCGCCCGCGCCGCCGCCCGGGGCUGGCCGCCGCGGCAUGACAAGGAGCCGCCCGCGGGGGGCUGCGGCUGCCGAGCGGUCGCCCCAUGCGGCUUCUGUCCCCCCGCCGACAAGCCGAGCCGGGAUGGAGGCGCCCGGCUGCUGCCGCCGGCAUCUUCCCGUCCUGCUGCUGUGCGCAUCCUUCCUGUGUGUUGGAUUCCUGUCAUUGCUUGGCUCCAUGAACUUCAGUUGCCUCAUUUCCUCUGCUGCUUUUACACUAUAUGUUAAUGGUCUAAUGACGCUUGGAUUAGCAGGUGCACAUCAACAGACUAAAGGCAAUGAAUCUCUCAUGUUAGAAAAGUUGCCUGCCUGUGGAAAAUUCUUUGAAGAGAUGAUGAAGAAAGUGGACUCCAAAAAAUGGUGCAACCUGACAGAAUUUAUCAUGUAUUAUGAUAUCUUUACCCAGUGCACAGAACACGAAGCCUUCUAUGCAAGUUGCUUUUGGCCAAACCCCCUUGUAGAGGGCUUUAUCACUAGAAUUCAUAAACAAUUCUUUUCAAACUGUACUUCAGAAGAGGUUAUCUGGGAAGAUCCACCAGAUGAAAUUCUCAUAACUCUGAUCUUGAUCCCAGUCAUGUUAACAUGUGCCAUGAUAACACUGGUAGUAUGGUGCAGUAAGAGAAGUGAUAUCCUGGCGUAAGUUGUUCCCUCGGGCUUUCUUUUUCCCAUUUCCUUCUUCCAAAAAAAAAACAAAAAACUAAGAAAGGAGGACAAAAAGAGAAAUUCAACAUAAAGAUUUCAGAUCCGCAAAAAUGGAACCUGUGAGAUGCUGAGAUAGAGGCAGUGCUUCUGUGAACAAACAGCUGCUUUCUUCUGCCAAAAAUAGUGCUGCUGACCUUGGCCAUUGGUGUUGCUGGUGCAAAGCUCUCUACUACCAUCGGGUGUCAUCAUCUUGGAAUUCACAGGCAAUUCUCAGAAACGGGAGUCUCUGAGCAAAUGGACCCCUUAGCUGCAAGAGAGAAAAAAGUUACUUUCCCAUGGGUAAACCUGUUUGGUAAACUAAGUUUUGCAAAACUGUAUGUAAGUGUAUGUACACACAGUAUAACAUUAACUAUGGGGGAGGUGAUAUCUCUUGAGUUUUCAUUCAGGACAGUUGAGGUUUUCAUCUGUGAACCUUGUGAUUUGGAUGGAAGAUCAUUAGCAAAGGAACUGAACGUGGAUAUGUAAACAAGUGGCAACUUUUCUGGAGGAUAGUUACAAACAUCAUUAUCAAGAACUGGAAAUAUUGUCUUGGCAAAUGGAAUAAUUUAUGUGUCCAGUGACUAUUCACACAGGAGAAAAGUCAUGCCACAUUAUAAAAUAGCUUAGGAAAUGCCUUUGAGCGUGGUUAGUUGGAAUUGCAUGGCUUACAAACUCUGGGAAGGAUACAGUUCUUACUUACAGAAAAACCGCGAGAGUAUAUUGGUUGGUUAUAAGUGCACUAAGGAAGAAACUUUGAUAUACCAGACUCUUUAUUUUUCACUUUUAUAAUUAUUAUUCUAUUGUUCUAUAUGACUUGUGUUCACUGUAAACUCCCUGUUCUCACUUCAGUUUGUGCAAGUGACAUCCUACAAAUAAACACAAAGGUGUGAUGUUGAUUGAGGUGCCUUUCAGAGGAUGAUUUUGUACAUAAAGCAUUUUUCAUCCCAUGAAGAGUGUGGAAAUUGAAAUAUGAACAUCAAAAGAAGUAUAAGCAUAGCUUGGAAUAGACAUAGGAGGAAAGAGAAGAAAAAUCCACUAAAAAGUUGUAUCAUAUAAAGUUAUUCCUAUGUAACAAUUUAAAUAAAUAUGUCCAAAAUAAAACAAAUUCUGUGUUUGUAUUAUAAACCUUUCUUUUCUGUCAUUUCACAGAAUGGCUUCCAGUCAAAAGCUCUUCUGUUAUAAGUGACCAAGAUCUGUUACAAGUAACUGUUUGUUUUGCUAUACCUUAUACAGAUAAAUAAAAUAUAGUUUGAAUGGAAAA